GGACUCCGAGAGGCCGCGGGUUCUGGCGAGUCUGCAGGAAACCCUUCCCCACCCCCCGGCAGCGCGGCGCGACACCGCCCCCGGGGCGGGCCCAGUGCGUGGCAGCGGGAUCACCGGCCCCGUCGGGAAGUUUCCAGCCUGCGAGCGGGCGCCCCUGGACACGCCGGACGUUCCCAGACACGGACCAUGCGGCUCCAGCUGCUCCUGGCCCCGCUGAGCUGGCUGCUCCUGGCCGAAACGAAGGGUGAUGCCAAGCCGGAGGACAACCUUUUGGUCCUCACGGUGGCCACAAAGGAGACUGAGGGGUUCCGACGCUUCAAGCGCUCAGCCCAGUUCUUCAACUACAAGAUCCAGGCGCUGGGGCUGGGGGAGGACUGGCAUGGGGAGAAGGAGAUGUCGGCAGGGGGAGGGCUGAAGGUUCGACUACUGAAGAAAGCCCUGGAGAAGCACGCAGACAAGGAGAACCUGGUCAUUCUCUUCACAGACAGCUACGACGUAGUGUUUGCCUCGGGGCCCCGAGAGCUCCUGAAGAAGUUCCGGCAGGCCAGGAGCCAGGUGGUCUUCUCUGCCGAGGAGCUCAUCUACCCAGACCGCAGGCUGGAGGCCAAGUACCCGGUGGUAUCUGACGGCAAGAGGUUCCUGGGCUCUGGAGGCUUCAUCGGUUAUGCCCCCAACCUCAGCAAACUGGUGGCCGAGUGGGAGGGUCAGGACAGUGACAGUGACCAGCUCUUUUACACCAAGAUCUUCUUGGACCCGGAGAAGAGGGAGGGAAUCAAUAUCACCCUGGACCACCGUUGCCGUAUCUUCCAGAAUCUGGAUGGAGCCUUGGAUGAGGUGGUGCUCAAGUUUGAAAUGGGCCAAGUGAGAGCAAGGAACCUGGCUUACGACACCCUCCCAGUCCUGAUUCAUGGCAAUGGGCCUACCAAGCUGCAGCUGAACUACCUGGGCAACUACAUCCCACGCUUCUGGACCUUUGAGACGGGAUGCGCUGUGUGUGAUGAGGGCCUGCGCAGCCUCAAGGGCUUGGGGGAUGAAGCUCUGCCCACCGUCCUGGUUGGCGUGUUCAUCGAACAGCCCACGCCGUUCCUGUCCCUGUUCUUCCAGCGGCUCCUGCGCCUCCACUACCCCCGGAAACGGCUGCGGCUUUUCAUUCACAGCCAUGAGCAGCAACAUAAGACUCAGGCGGAGCAGUUCCUGGCAGAGCAUGGCAGCGAGUACCAGUCUGUGAAACUGCUGGGCCCCGAGGUGCGGGUGGCGAACGCGGACGCCAGGAACAUGGGCGUGGACUUGUGCCGGCAGGACCGUGGCUGCACCUACUACUUCAGCGUGGAUGCCGAUGUGGCCCUGACCGAGCCCAAAACCCUGCAGCUGCUAAUCGAGCAGAACAAAAAUGUCAUCGCCCCUUUGAUGGCCCGCCACGGGAGGCUGUGGUCGAACUUCUGGGGGGCACUGAGUGCAGAUGGCUACUACGCCCGCUCCGAGGACUACGUGGACAUUGUGCAGGGGCGGCGUGUCGGCGUCUGGAACGUGCCCUACAUCUCAAACAUCUACCUGAUCAAGGGCAGUGCCCUGCGGGCUGAGCUGCAGGAGAUGGACCUAUUCCACCACAGGAAGCUGGACCCGGACAUGGCCUUCUGUGCCAAUAUCCGGCAGCAGGAUGUGUUCCUGUUCCUGACCAACCGGCACGCCUUCGGCCACCUGCUGUCCCUGGACAGCUACCAAACCACCCACCUCCAUAACGACCUCUGGGAGGUGUUCAGCAACCCCGAGGACUGGAAGGAGAAGUACAUCCACGAGAACUACACCAAGGCCCUGGCAGGGAAGAUGGUGGAGAUGCCUUGCCCAGACGUCUACUGGUUCCCCAUCUUCACGGAGACGGCCUGUGAUGAGCUGGUGGAGGAGAUGGAGCACUACGGCCAGUGGUCUCUGGGAGACAACAAGGACAACCGCAUCCAGGGCGGCUACGAAAACGUGCCGACCAUAGACAUCCACAUGAACCAGAUCAACUUUGAGAGGGAGUGGUACAAGUUUCUGGUGGACUACAUCGCCCCCAUGACGGAGAAGCUCUACCCGGGCUACUACACCAGGGCCCAGUUCGACCUGGCCUUUGUGGUCCGCUACAAGCCUGACGAGCAGCCCUCCCUGAUGCCCCACCACGACGCCUCCACCUUCACCAUUAACAUUGCCCUGAACCGGGCUGGGGUGGAUUACGAGGGCGGGGGCUGUCGGUUCCUGCGCUACAACUGCUCCGUCCGAGCCCCACGGAAGGGCUGGACUCUCAUGCACCCCGGGCGACUCACGCACUACCACGAGGGGCUCCCCACCACCAAAGGCACCCGCUACAUCGCAGUCUCCUUCGUCGAUCCCUAAUUGGCCCGGCCCGGCCACCACAGACCUCUUCCUCUUUGUCAACAACCACUGCCCAGCAGCCUCUGGGACCUCGGGGUCCCAGGGAACCAGAUCCAGCCUCCAGGCUCCUGACCUCUCAUUGCUCUUGGAGCCGCCAUCCGAGAGACUGGGCCACAGGCUAGAGGCAGAGCACACCUCCUUGGCUGGGACUUUCCCGGUGCUCUGGACACAGCCCUGGGAGAAACUGUUCACUUUCACUGCUUCGUAGCGUCUCGUCCUUUCCCAUCCCGCUUCCUGAAAAACCCAGUCCCACUUUCUCUGCUUCUUCCAAGGGGCAACACUUGAGCAGCAGAGGGGCUGACGCAGCUGCCCAGAGAGACUCUCGGGGUGAGAAGCUACGCCCCAGAGCUUCUCCCCGGCAGCCCAGGGGACUUCUGCUUCGAGCUUCAGGGUUGACACCGAGACCUGGAUCAGGCUCAAGUCCCCACCCUGACCGUGGGACUGCUGAAGCCCCACCCUCCCUGGCUCCUGUCAAUCAUGAGAGCAAAACUCUGUCCCUUGGAGACGGUGACUGAGAAAACCUCCUAGGAGACAGGAAAUGCACGGAUGCCACAGCUCCAUCCUCUACUUGACCCUUGCUGGGGGCGCAGAGCAGGGAGUGGUAUGUCCACACACUGCACUGCGUCACCCUGUCCUGAAUGCCUCCAGAGAGAGGGACAGACAGUCGGAAACAGGAGAGUUUCUACUAAAGGUCAUUCAAACCACUGAGUGGGAGAUGCUGGGGUGGGCGGGUGUAUACAUGUCAGGGCGGGUGUCUGCAGGGAGAAACUUUAACAGCUCACGAUUGGCAAGGAAGGCCGGCCGUGGGUGACUUGGCAGA